UUGUGUUUCAGCCACAAUAUUAUACAUUUGUUAGAUAAUCGGUGUGGUCGUUGUUGACUGUUUUACAACAGUAGCGUUCCACUGAUGUUUGUUUGUUUUCCAUUUUAAUAUUUCCAUAAUGAAUGAAUGAAUGGCCAUUUCAAAUAGACUGCAGCACCGCUACGAUAAGAUAGAUGGCGCCAAAUUGAUCAAUAGACAUUCAUUCAUUCAUUUUCUACUGCUUAUCCUCACGAGGGUCGCGGUGGUGCUGGAGCCUAUCCCAGCUGUCUUCGGACGAGAGGCGGGGUACACCCUGGACUGGUCGCCAGCCAAUCACUGGGCACAUAUAGACAAACAACCAUUCACACUCACAUUCAUACCUAUGGACAAUUUGGAGUCGCCAAUUAACCUAGCAUGUUUUUGGAAUGUGGGAGGAAACCGGAGUACCCGGAGAAACGGGGAGAACUUGCAAACUCCACACAGAGAUGGCCGAGGGUGGAAUCGAACUCGGGUCUCCUAGCUGUGAUUUCUCUACAUCUUCCUGUGGAAGUUGCUGUUGCCUCUGGUGUUUGUGAGCCUGCUGCUGCUUGCCGUUCUGGUCCUGCUGGUGUUGGCCGUGCGUCUGUGGCUGCAGGGAAAAAGGAGCGCUCGGAAGGCGAGGACUGGACGUCCGGCGGUGGCCUUCUUCCAUCCGUACUGCAACGCUGGUGGUGGAGGAGAGAGGGUGCUGUGGUGUGCCAUCCGGGCUUUGCAGCAAAGGUACUCACACAUGGACUUUGUGGUGUACACCGGGGACCUGGAUGUUUUGCCUCAUGAGAUUGUGGAUGGAGCGCGACGUCGUUUCAACAUCGUGCUCCCCCGUGCCGUUGACUUUGUGUUCCUGAGGCACCGACUUCUUGUGGAGCCCAACCUCUUUCCUCACUUCACUCUGCUCGGGCAAAGCCUGGGCUCCAUCUUCUUGGGAUGGGAGGCGCUCACAGAAUUCGUACCUGACAUCUAUGUCGAUUCAAUGGGUUACGCCUUCACUCUGCCCCUUUUCCGCUACCUAGGAGGCUGCAGCGUGGCCACUUACGUUCACUACCCCACCAUCAGCACCGACAUGCUGUCUGUGGUGGGCGACAGGAACCCGAGGUUCAACAACCCAGAUUAUGUGUCCAACAGCCUGCUCCUGAGUGCCGUCAAGAUGCUCUACUACUGCAUGUUCGCCCUGCUCUACAGCAUGGCCGGCUCCUGCAACCAUCUCAUCAUGGUCAACUCCUCCUGGACACUGGAGCACAUUCUAACACUGUGGCGAGCACCCAGCCGCACCAGCGUGGUCUACCCGCCCUGCGACGUCAGCGCGUUCCUUGACAUCCCGCUGGAGGAGCACAAGGACAAAACGUGCCACACCAUCGUCUCUAUCGGGCAGUUCCGUCCAGAGAAGGACCACAGGUUGCAGAUCACAGCUUUCAAGAAGGUGUUGGAUCGGCGGAGAGACGCCAAGGAGGCGCUGAAGCUUAUCUUGAUUGGAGGAUGCAGGAAUCAGGAGGACCAGGAUCGGGUGCUGAUGUUGCGGGGGCUUUGCCAGGAGCACGGCGUGGCCGACAAGGUGGAGUUUAAACUGAACGUACCCUUUGAGGAGUUGAAGAAGGAGUUGCAGGAGGCCACUAUUGGACUGCACACCAUGUGGAACGAGCACUUUGGGAUAGGUGUCGUGGAGUGCAUGGCAGCAGGGAAAGUCAUCCUCGCCCACAAGUCCGGCGGUCCCAAGCUGGACAUUGUAGUGCCUUUCGAGGGCGGUCGGACAGGCUUCCUUGCAGACGACGAGGACAGCUACGCCGAGGCCAUCGAGGCCAUCCUCAAUCUAACACCUGCGAACCGUCUACAGAUAAGACACAACGCACGGCAGUCGGUGACUCGCUUCUCGGAUCAGGAAUUUCAAGUCUCUUUCCUGGCCGCUAUGGAGCUUCUGAUUGGGACAGUUGAGCGAUGACUCCAUGUUUGUUUGCAUCUGGGACUGGAAACUUUGCACUUGGGGACAUUUAUUUAUUUUCUUUAUGGUAAAUAUGCAAAAGCGUUUUUUUAGCUUGCCGCUGCAACAUAAAUGUGACAAACAAAAAUGUGAAAUACAUUGCAGUUUUUUUCCAUCUAAAGUAGCUUCAUGUAUUAUUAAAUGUAGUAGUAUUUACAGGGACAUAAGGAAUACUUUUUUUUG